AUUAGCAAAAAGAAACGCGAUACCGGAAAUCCCAAAGGGCGAACACCUGACCCAUUGAAGAACACUCGCAUAUAUUCAACAUGACAGCUUUCACUGAUGCUUACUAAUUUUAUUUAUUCAUUUUCAUUCGAGAUUUGCGGCGCGCGCGGUGUUGUUCGCGAGGUGGAAGUUGCUCGUUGGACGGUCGGGAAAGAACUGAGAACCGCAGAUCGAUAUCUUUCCAAUUUUCCGAUGGAUAAGAGCGGCGCAUCGACUCGCGGAAGGGAAUUUACUCCGCAAAUGCGGGUCAUCUGCUUUCUGGUCAACCACAAAGAGCUCGUUGAUCUUCAUCGUACCCUGGAAAAAUAUUUCGACGAGACUCUGAACACUCCACAAGUGCAAAUAUUCGAUUCAUUAAGUGUUUUUGUAAAGCCAUCAUUUGCCAUAACGAUAUUAGUCUUCAUCGGUACUCUCGUAUUUUUUAUAACACCGUUAAUCGUAAUUAUUGUGCAAUUAUCGAGCGAUAUGCAUCCGCUUAAAUUCGUAUUACCGUACCCCGGAAAAUAUCCGUGGAGUUUCGAGGGCGGUGGUUUCGUCUACUACGUUCAUUACGCAUGGGAAAUAUUGGCCGGUUUGUAUCUCUUUUGCGUCACUUCCGGAGUCGACUCCCUAUUCGGUUAUUACGUGUUUCAAAUCCACGCGAUUUUUCGCCUGAUGAGCCACCGCAUGAGGAGCGUCGGUGUCGCCGAUCAAGACAAUGGAAAAAUCAUUCGCGAGUGCGUCAAAAUGCAUCGAGUACUCGGCCAGUGUCGCGAUCAACUCCAGGCGAUUUACGGACCAAUCGUAUUCUGGAUUUUUCUCACCAGUGCCGUCAUCAUGUGCACCCUCAUUUUUCAGGCCUCUCAGACUCGUCAAUGGACCGUUGGCUAUGCGAUUCUCUUCACAGUUUACAUUUCCAUGAAACUGCUUCAGGCCCUCAUGUACGCCUGGUACGGAAGCAUCGUACACGCGGAGAGCGAAGAUUUUCGCGACGCUGUCUACAAUUGCGGCUGGCCUGGCUCCGGUGACACAUCGCUGAUGAACAAUAUUCUGAUAAUGAUGUGCCACCAACCAAUGGUCCUGACGGCCUGCAAAUUUCUCAUUAUCUCCACUGAUAUGUUCACUGCGAUCGUCAACGCAACGAUGUCUUAUUUCUUCUUGUUGCAAACCCUGGACGAGAGAAAGUGAAGAAACUCCGGCUACGAAAAGUUUCUUUCACCAACACCCUCAACGUAUAAAAUCCCUCGAAUCUUUC